UAUUUCCCGCCAAGACGUCAGUUCCGCGGCGAAUUUCCCGGUGAAAUUUCCCGCCUAUCUGGCCCCUCCAUUUUCAUCCACUCCCUCUUCCUCGUCUCUUCACUUCUCAGCAUCGAUCCAUCUCUCUCUCUCUCUCUCUCAUUUUGUUCCGCUCGCGUGGAAGUUUAAAGCACGGCGAGGCUCUCCAAUGGCACCGUCUCGCCGGCAGAGCAACGGAAGGUCUCCCUUGGUGAACCAACAGAGCCAAAUCACCACUUUCUUCGGGAAAGCAGCCGCGUCUCCUUCACCCCCUUCUCUCUCCAAUCAGAAAACCCCCAAGCCAAACCCUAACCCUAGACCUGAUCCCCCUUCUCGUAGUCCCACCCCUAUCCUCGCAACUCCGUCCCCUGUACAGUUUAAGCUUAGGAAAUCCCCCCUCAUCAUCGGAAACACUCCCUCACCAUCGAAAUCGGUGGCCAAUUCGUACGGUCACGAGGUGGUGGGAAAGAAAGUUAGGGUUUACUGGCCGUUGGAUAAGAGAUUGUACGAUGGGUGCGUAGUUUCGUACGAUAAGGAAUCCGGGAAGCAUUGGGUUGAGUAUGAUGAUGGAGAAGAGGAGUCUUUGAAUUUGGGUGAGGAGAAGAUCGAGUGGGUAAUGGGGGAAAGUGCAGGGCAGAGGUUUAAGCGGUUGCGACGAGGCGCUUCUGCUAUCAGAAAAGUUGUGGUCGAGGAUGAUGAGGAUUUGGAGAAUGUGGACGAGGGGGACGAAAACAAAAGUGGUGGAGAUGAUUCUAGUGAUGAAGACUGGGGAACGAAUGCGGCGAAGGAGGUACAUGAGAGCGAUGAAGAUGUUGAUUUGGAUGACGAGAAAGAGAUGGAUGAGGAAGAGCUCGUAGAAGAGAAAGCCGAAGAAGCUCCAAAAGGAAAGAGAGAAGGGAAAACUGAAUCUAGGAAAAGGAAGGCAAGCGGAGGCGCGGAACAGGGUUGUGCUAAGAAAAGUAGCAUUACUAAGGAUACCACACCUAAAGGUUUUAAGACUUCGAUUUCGGAUCCUGCAAAGAAAAUCGCAGAAGUUGAUAAGGUAGUAAAGUCUCUGGAUAGUAACACCUUGGCCAACGAAGCUGUUGAAAGAUUUGGCGCACGGGAAGCUGAGAAGUUGCGGUUCUUGGGAGCAGUGCGAAGAGAUGUAAAUAGAAGGCUCCCUACAGAUGAGAAUUAUGACCCGAGGACGCUGUACCUUCCUCCUGAUUUUGUGAAAAGUUUAACUGGAGGCCAGAGACAAUGGUGGGAAUUUAAGUCAAAGCAUAUGGAUAAAGUUAUCUUCUUCAAGAUGGGUAAAUUUUAUGAGCUUUUUGAGAUGGAUGCGCAUGUAGGAGCUAAGGAACUGGAUUUGCAAUACAUGAAGGGCGAACAACCUCAUUGCGGAUUCCCAGAGAAGAAUUUCUCUAUGAAUGUGGAGAAGUUGGCUAAAAAGGGUUAUCGAGUUCUAGUGGUAGAGCAAACAGAGACACCUGAACAGCUGGAGCAACGCCGUAAGGAGAAAGGUUCCAAGGAUAAAGUUGUAAAACGUGAAGUAUGUGCCGUGGUUACAAAAGGCACACUGACAGAAGGAGAGAUGUUUUUAACUAAUCCUGAUGCAUCUUACUUAAUGGCACUGACUGAAGGAGAUAAUUUAACUAAACGAAACGCAGAGCGGAACUUUGGAGUAUGUUUGAUUGAUGUUGCAACAAAAAGAAUUAUGUUGGGUCAGUUCAAGGAUGAUGCGGAGUGCAGUGCAUUGGCUUGCCUACUCUCUGAGAUGAGGCCAGUGGAAAUUAUCAAACCAGCUAACGUGCUUAGUUUGGAAACGGAGAGGAUAAUUAUGAGACACACCAGAAAUCCCUUGGUGAAUAAUCUAGUACCACAUACUGAACUCUGGGGUGCAGAGAAGACUCUUCAUGAGAUGAGACUGUUCUAUAAGAAAAUCAAGUUUCAAUUAUCCUCUGCAUUGCUAGACAAAGAAAAGAUAUCAGGAGAAUGCAGUUCAAGUUUCCUGCCAAAUUUGUUGUCUGAAUUAGCAAAUGCAGAGGAGGAUAGUAACCUGGCUCUCUCAGCUCUUGGUGGUACUAUUUACUACCUGAGACAGGCUUUCUUGGAUGAGACUCUGCUUAGAUUUGCGAAAUUUGAAUCACUGCCUUGCUAUGAUUUUAGCAACAUUUCUCGGAAACAGCACAUGGUCCUUGAUGCUGCUGCCUUGGAAAACCUUGAGAUUUUCGAGAACAACAGAAAUGGAGGUUCUUCAGGAACAUUGUACGAGCAAUUGAAUCAAUGUGUCACUGCAUCGGGCAAACGGUUACUCAAAACAUGGCUGGCAAGACCUUUAUAUAACCCAGAACUAAUCAAAGAACGUCAAGAUGCUGUAGCAGAACUGCGGGGAGAAAACCUCUCCUACUCGCUGGAUUUUCGAAAGACAUUGUCCAGGCUUCCAGACAUGGAACGGUUACUUGCACGUGUUUUUGCUAGCAGUGAAGCUAAUGGAAGAAACGGGAGUAAAGUGGUUCUAUAUGAGGAUGCAGCGAAACAGCAGCUCCAGGACUUUAUAUCAGCUCUCCGUGGUUGUGAAGCCAUGACAGAAGCAUGUUCUUCCUUUGGUGUUAUUCUGGAGAAUGUCAACUCCAAGCAGCUGAGGCAUUUACUAUCACCUGGUCAAGGCCUCCCGAGCAUUUCUUCGAUCAUUAAACGUUUCAAAGAUGCUUUUGACUGGUUAGAAGCUCACAAUACGGGACGUGUAGUACCUCGUGAAGGAGCUGAUAAAGAGUAUGACUCUGCUUGCAAAACUGCAAAAGAGAUUGUAUCCAGUUUGACAAAACACCUCAAGGAGCAGCGAAACCUACUUGGAGAUGUUUCGAUAAAUUAUGUUACAGUUGGCAAAGAAGAAUACCUGUUGGAAGUUCCGGAAUGUUUACGUGGACGGGUUCCUCAAGAUUAUGAAUUGUGUUCAUCUAAAAAGGGUUUCUUUCGAUACUGGACUCCAACUACGAAAAAGUUAUUGAAAGAGCGAUCACAAGCUGAAUCUGAAAAAGAAUCUGCUCUAAAAAACAUUUCACAGAGACUGAUUGCACAAUUUUGUGAGCAUCAUGACAAGUGGAGACAACUGGUGUCUGCAACUGCAGAGCUGGAUGUGUUGAUCAGCCUAGCUAUUGCAAGUGAUUCUUACGAAGGAAUAAGAUGUCGUCCAGUAAUCUCAGGGUUCACUUCUUCUGCUAACGCUCCAUACUUGUCAGCCACUGGCCUUGGGCAUCCAAUAUUGAGGGGCGAUUCUUUAGGCGGAGGCUCUUUUGUACCAAAUAAUGUAAAGAUCGGUGGUGCUGGCCAAGCCAGCUUCGUCCUCCUAACGGGGCCGAAUAUGGGUGGAAAGUCAACCUUUCUUCGCCAGGUCUGCUUGGCUGUAAUCUUGGCUCAGAUAGGAGCGGAUGUUCCAGCAGAAAGCUUUGAGCUAUCACCUGUGGAUAGAAUUUUUGUUCGGAUGGGUGCAAAAGAUCAUAUUAUGGCAGGGCAAAGUACAUUUUUAACAGAGCUUUCGGAAACUGCUGUUAUGCUGUCAUCAGCAACCCGAAAUUCACUAGUGGCGUUAGAUGAGCUUGGGCGAGGGACAGCAACUUCAGAUGGACAAGCCAUUGCGGAAUCUGUUCUGGAACACUUUGUAAACGAGGUGCAAUGCAGAGGAAUGUUCUCUACUCAUUAUCACAGACUAUCUGUGGAUCAUCAGACCAAUCCAAAGGUCUCACUAUGGCAUAUGGGAUGUGAGGUAGGACGGGGGGAAGGGGGUGUGGAGGAAGUGACGUUUCUGUAUAGGCUGAGGCCUGGUGCUUGUCCCAAGAGCUACGGCGUCAACGUUGCCCGCCUAGCUGGGCUCCCGGACUCUGUGCUUAAGAGAGCCGUAGAGAAAUCCCGAGAGUUCGAGGCUCUGUACGGUGACACUGCGAAAGAAAGAAGACAGGCAAAAACGCUGACAAGAGUAGAGUGAUGGCAAUUAGAAAGGAUCCGAUCCCCCAACGCCCCCAAUCUCUCGAAGUUCAGAAGGACCCAUUGACGGGAGCUACACACGAUGGGCCAAAAACACCACGCCCCUUGUAAAAAGGAAAAAAAAUAUAUGUAUUUGCAUUUUAUUUUCGUUUUAAGGAGUGGUUUGGUGUUCAGAGGCGUUGAGCCAAAUGUCGAUGUUGCUCAUCUUCUUCUUCGUCAGAAGUGAAACUGUCAUCUUCAGAUUCCUAUUUAGACAGGAAAAAAAACAAAACCAAAAGAGAGUCAAGGUUUGUAAUUAACUAACUAAAAAGCGUUGGAUUAUCAGAAUACGUGAUUUUAGAAC